GUGCAUGUUGCGGGAAAAACAAAGGCUGUAGACUAUCAUUUUUCGAAGUGAAUUACCAAUAAGGUCUAGAUUAUUUCAAUUCCUGUUCCAAAUUGGCAAUGUAACCUUCUCCAUUACUUUAAAGAGAAAUCUUUCAGCUAGAUAAAGAGUGAAAAUGACGAUUGUUCAAGUGAAGCAUGUUGUAUCUUGCACCAGCGAGGACACGUUGCACAAGGCAGAUAAUCUCCUGAAGGGAGACUCCUACAAGAAAUGGACAGGAGGGUCCGAAGGUGAGAAGCAGGUCUCUGUCAUUCUGCAGCUCGAUAAAGCUUCCAACAUUCACUCCAUCGACGUUGGCAACGAGUCGUCUGCGUUCGUGGAGAUCCUUGGUGGUCAUUCCAGCUCAGACUCAGAUGAUUUAUAUCAGGUCAUCUUGGUAACAUCUUCAUUUAUGUCGCCAGUGGAGAGUAGGAACAACACAAAUAUGAACCGUGUACGGAUGUUUGGACCAGAAAGCCUCUCGAAAGCCGUCGCAGACAAGAAGUUUGAUCGCAUCAAGAUCGUUUGUACACAGCCUUUCAAUAAGCGCUGUAAGUAUGGACUGUCUUUCAUCAAGCUACAUGGUCCACCAGGAGCGGGUGAUCAACAAGAAGGCACUUCUGGACAGCCAACUCUGGGUAAGUUCCGACUGAAAGAAGAGAGCAAGUCAUCUCUAUCUGUCGGAAGUUUCUUCAAGGGCAGAGACACCGAAUCUACACAGAAACCUCUCACAGGAGCAGCAGCAGUGAGGGCAGCAUCCAGCAUACCACCAUCUCAACAAGCAUCAUCAUCAUCUUCUACAUCUUCACCUAAACAGCCUUCCCAGUCUUCAACCAAGAGACGUCUAUCUGAUGCUGAUAAAAAAGAAGGAGAGAACAGUCACAAGAGACCAGCUGUAGAACCUAAGAGAGAAGAGCCACGCAGGAAAGAAUCCGUCCCAAAUAAAUCAAAAGAGUCGAAACCUCAGCCCGCUACGGGAGAAGCCUUCGGGAAGCUGAUGAAGAAGGUGGUCUUUGUGAUGAGUGGUUUCCAGCAUCCUUUGAGGGGUGAGCUGAGAAAGAAAGCCACUGAGAUGGGAGCCAAGUACCAGGCAGACUGGGGUCCUGGUGCUACACAUCUCAUCUGUGCUUUUGCGAACACACCCAAGUACAACCAGGUGAAGGGCAAGGGAAAGAUUGUGAAGAAAGAAUGGAUUCUAGACAGCUACAGGAAACGCACACUGUUACCAUGGAUACGAUACAAGUUAUCAAGUGGACGGGAUAGUUCUAGUGAUGAGAGUGAAUCUGAAGAGGAAGAGGAGAUGGAGGAGGAAGAAGUAGUGACUCCAGUCAAACCUUCUUCAUCAAAGAGCCCUCAACCAAAGACACCAACUCCAAAGAAACCUGCUGAUGUUGAUGAAUACAGCGGAUCUACCGAUGAGGAGGGGAACGAUACCGAGCCCAUGUCAGGAGGAUCGUCUGGUGAUGAUACUGAGGAUGAAAUCAGAAAAGCUCAAGCAAAACCAAAGGCUCAAACCAAAACAUCACCAAAGGGAGGAAGCCCAUGCAAGAAAGGUCAAAGUUCAAGUCCCGGAGAGAUUCCUGAUCUCCCAGAUUUCUUCAGCAGUAAACGGUUCUUCCUCUUUGGCAAGUUUGAUAAAGAGGAAAGAAGGCAGGUCAACAGGUUCAUCAUUGCAUUCAAUGGCCUUAUCGAGAACUACAUGGAUGAGAGCGUCAACUACGUCAUCACCAACUCGAACUGGGAUAACAACUUUGAAGAGGCUUUGUCUGAAAACUCAUCCAUUACCUUUGUGAGACCACGGUGGCUGUAUGCCUGCAACGAGAAACUCAAGAUGGUCCCUUACCAGCCUUACAUUGUGGUGCCAGCCAAUUGAGCUUCUUAGAUGAUCCCUUACAAUCCUGACAUUGCCAACUCAACCUUUGACCUAUAGAUGGAAUAGUUAGGCCCGAAAUAACUUGGACUGCAGUCUAGGGAAGAUGUGUGUUAUACAGUGAAACCUGUCUAGAAAGACUCCCCAAGGGAGACAAGAAAAUUGGUCUAUAGACAGGUGGUCCUCAUGUACAGGUUCAUGAAGUACAUGUUUCAAUGAGAAACCAUUUUCAAGGGAAACAAAAAAAUAUGGUCUUUAUAGACAGGUGGUUGCUAUAGCAGGUUUGAUUGUAUCAAAAUCUUAUCUUUUCUGUCAGGUUAAGAUGUUCCUUUGUCAGUUCAAACAGAGUGAAAAGGAGAUAAAAGCAAAGAACAAGAAUUAAAGGGAGGGCAUUUUACCAACAUUGCUACCACUGCUGUAAUGUAUAUUCAGUCGCACAUUCAUACCGUGAUUGUGUACACAGAGAGUGAUUUCUGGUUCCUGUAUUCAAGUAUCAUCACACAUGCAUCAUGCAGUUGGUGAUGCAUUGUGGGAAAUGAUUGUCAACACAUCGGGAGAUUGUUAGAAUUAGAUGGCAGUAUAUUAAAAUCUCGAGUAGUGUCGGUAGAAUACCCUGCAUUUCAAAAUAAAAGAAGUCUGCCAAGGUUACAUGUAAUACCUGUAUGUUAAAAUGCUAUAGACUUCACAGCACUGUCUUUUUUCUUCUGUAGCCACUGGGCAAAUCAAAGUUUCAAGAGCCAGCCCUCUGAGAAUUUGGGUUCAUACAAAGCAACUUUUUGCCUUGUCAGAUUUGCAAAACAAUUUGUGUGAAAUAAUUGAAUCAUGGUAUAUUAUAACACCACUUUAAUGCAGUUCACGUAAGUUUCUUGCAACAAAAGUGGCUGUCCUUAACAAUUCAGAGAGUUUCUGGUUUAAGUAGAUAGUUGAUUAUUGGCAAGGUGUAUUCCAUUUUAAUCAGCCACAUAAAGACAUGCCACAGAUAUUGAUAGAAGGUCUACUAAAUGUGUGUUUGUACUAUGAUUGAUAUUUCGUGCUGAAAUUUGUUGUAAUUAUCUGGAGGGGGUAGAACAAUUGCUGUCCAAAAACAAGCAUAAAAUGCACUGAAUGCAUUAUUUGUCCUUUCAUGUUAUUUCCAUCCAAUGGAAAAUGUUUAAAGUUACACUUUGAAAUUGUGCCAGGAAGCAAAUGUUCAAGCCCAUUUCUCAUGAAUAAAGCUGUACAGUUUUCUUCAUUUUUCUAUUUCUUUUUCUUUAAUACACAUCAGUGGCAGGUUUCUAGAACAAUUAUGUACAUAAAACUGUGUACCCAUUCAAAAUGGACAUGUUUUGUUUAAUUUAUGGGUAAAAAGCUUUGCCAUCUUUGUGAUUUAUGUCAUUAUGAAUGUGUAACAUACAUGUAUUUCUGAUAUUUUUGUAUCACUUUGCUACUAAUGUGAAUACAAUUUACAUGUACAAUAAAAGACAUUACAACAUGAUUUU